AUGUCGUUCUUUUUAAGGCUGAGAAGACUGAAGCGCAGGCCAGCAGCGAUACUAUCAAGGCGCGCCCUUGAUUCACCUAUUCCUCGAUCUAUCACAGUAAUUGAUAGGUCAUUUACCUCUCUACUAGGCUCCACUGGCAUCGCUCCUGGCUUCGUCGGACAAUUCAACGAGUCUGAAGUUCUCACCAAGCUCGCCAUCGAUAGCGUGUCAGAAUAUGUCAAAAUCCCUGGUGGUUUUCAAAACGUCGGAGGGUUGGAGAUAGCCUUUAAAGAUGAGGGUAUCGACCGACUCAAGACAAGAUGCAAAGACGCAGAGAAGCUUGGACUGCCUGCGGCUAUGAUGAGUAUUGAAGAAGCUCGCAAAUUGGCACCUGAUCUGGUCAAUCAAUCAGCUACUGGAUCUGCACUGUUCUUUUCUUCAGAUGGAACUGCCAAUGCUGUCAAAAUCACUACUUGGUAUCAAGACAAAGCGAGAAAGAACGGCGUCAGCUUUGUUGAAGCUGAUGUGCAGAAACUUUUAAUCUCGCAGGGUCGCAUCACCGGAGUCUCUGUCCAAGAGAAAAACAUCGCCAAACACCUCAAUGCAAACAAGGUGAUCCUUACCACAGGAAUUUGGGCACAAGGCCUUGCUUCAGAUCUCGACUUCCUUGUACCUGUCAUCCCAGUCGGGCAUCCUUAUAUGUACGGCCAAACCCGCGAUCCUCUACCCCACAAGCUUCCAUUCGUCAGAUGGCCAGAGCAUCAUGUUUACGCUCGUGAACAUGGAACGAACUUUGGUAUUGGAAGUUACGAUCACGCACCUAUUAGCCAAAAGCCAGCAGAGUCCGCAACAGGAGACUGGUUGGAAUGGUUCAAUGAACCUCUCAAAUUUGCAAUGGGCUUACUACCAGCAGCUACAGCGGAGGAGCUGAAAGAUGGCAGACAUUUCAACGGCGUUUUCUCAAUGACGCCUGACAACAUGCCUCUGGCUGGCAAGGUGAUAUCUUUGGACGGGUUGUUUAUGGGAGUAGCAGUUUGGGUUACUCAUGCAGCUGGAACCGCAAAAUUCUUGGUUGAUGUGAUGGAUGGGAAGGAAGUGGACAACAAGACAUCUAAGGCUCUUGAUCCUGAGAGAUUUAGAGGUAAGGAAUUUGCUGAGUUGGAGGAGAGGUCACUGCUGGGAUACAACUCUAUCUACAAGACUGUUAAGUCUGAUUAA